AUGCUUGCCUACUUUUCAGUCUUCGCGAUUUUUCACACGUCGGUACUCGCCGCGCGCAUCUGGAAUAACACCGGCGUUGGAACCAUUAUCUUCGAAGAGGCAUGGACACCACCAGUGUUAGCCAGUACAGUAGGAAAACAAACUCCCCCUGUCGGACAAACUAGUGAACAGUUGGCGGAAAACCUGCUUGAUGUACACAAUCAACGCUUAGCAGGCAUGGAUGCCAACGGCGUAGAUUUUAUGGUUCUGUCGUGUUCGUCUCCUUGUAUACAAGGAAUAUCCGACCCCGUGGUAGCUGCCACGACGGCAAAACAAGCAAACGACGAAUUGGCAGCAACCAUUGCGAACAACACGCUUCGCUUUGGCGGCUUUGCUGCUUUGGCUAUGCAUGAUCCCGUGGAAGCCGCGCAAGAGUUAAAACGGACAGUUGAAGAGCUUGGAUUCUUGGGAGCGUUGGUCAAUGAUUACCAACAGACCAACGACAGCUCAAUGAUAAAAUUCUAUGAUACGGCGGAAUUCGAUCCAUUUUGGCAAGUGGUGACAGACUUGGACGUACCUGUUUACUUCCAUCCUCGUUCGAACAUUCCGUUGCUCGGCAACUUGGAGUUCGGACAUUCAUCGUUCCUCCGUGGAUCGUCGCAGGAGUUCGCCGCCACCUUGUCGACCCACGUCAUGGGCCUCUCUACUAAUGGAGUCUUCGACCGCUUUCCAACACUGAAGAUAAUUGUUGGUCACAUGGGCGAACGGAUUCCGUCAGAUUUCUCGCGCAUCGACGAUCAGCUCGCUCGCCAGGUCGUAAACGGCAUGCCCAUGCAGAAGAAGCUGUCUGAUUACUGGCGCACCAACAUCUUCGAAACUACAUCUGGCAACUUUGGCACCGAUCUCCUCAAAUUCCACAUAGGCCAGAUCGGGUUGGACAGAAUACUGUACUCCGUGGAUUACCCAUUUGUAACCAUCGAACAAGGCACAGAGUUCAUCAACACCUUGGCGGAGACAACAGGGUUGGGUGAGGAAGAUAUCGUCGCAUUGAAACGGGGAGCAGCGAUCAAGUUGUUGAAGUUAGAUCAGUGA